UGUUUUCUUCACAACACAACUAGUUGUUUUCUUCCUCUUCUCCUUGUGCUGCUACUUGACCAGUUUAUGGUUACUAAUUCAAUUCAAUUCCAAGAAGAACUAGAAAUUUAAUGGAAUCGAAUAUCUUGAACUCCAUGUUCUGCAUCUUUGCCUUUGUUGUCUUCUUCCUCUUUGUCAUCAAUUCCCUCAUCACCAAGCUCUUCACUCCUAACCGCCGGAAAAUCCCACUUCCGCCGGGUUCCUUAGGCUGGCCUUACAUUGGAGAAACCUUCCAACUCUACUCUCAAAACCCAAAUGUCUUCUUUGCCUCAAAACAAAAGAGGUUUGGGUCAAUCUUCAAAACCCACAUCUUGGGUUGUCCCUGUGUGAUGAUUUCGAGGCCCGAAGCGGCGAAAUUUGUGCUUUCUCGAGCCCAUCUGUUCAAGCCAACUUUUCCGGCGAGCAAAGAGAGGAUGUUGGGGAAAGAAGCCAUCUUUUUCCACCAAGGAGAUUACCAUGCCAAAUUGAGAAAGCUUGUCCUCCGUGCCUUCAUGCCGGAAGCCAUCAGAAGUAUCGUCCCUGACAUUGAAUCCAUUGCCAAAGACUCUCUCAAGUCCUGCCAAGGCCGCUUGAUCAACACCUUCCAAGAAAUGAAAACGUUCACAUUCAAUGUUGCACUCCUUUCUAUAUUUGGUAAGGAUGAGAUUCUGUACAGAGAGGAUCUGAAGAGGUGCUACUACAUUCUUGAGAAGGGUUACAAUUCAAUGCCCAUUAAUCUUCCAGGCACACUGUUUCACAAAUCAAUGAAAGCAAGGAAGGAGCUGGCUCAGAUCUUGGCCAAAAUUAUAUCUACAAGGAGGCAAAGGAUGCAGUUAGAGGAGGAGGACCAUAAGGAUCUUCUGGGAUCAUUCAUGGGUGACAAAGAAGGCCUCACUGACCAACAAAUUGCCGACAACGUCAUUGGGGUCGUCUUCGCUGCCCGUGACACCACAGCCAGCGUCUUGACUUGGAUUGUCAAGUACCUUGGGGAAAACCCAAGCGUUCUUCAAGCUGUCACUGAAGAGCAAGAAGCAAUAAUAAGGUCAAAAGAAGAAGAAGAAGAAGAGGAGAAAGUUCUGAGUUGGGCAGAUACCAAAAAGAUGCCCUUGACUUGUAGAGUGAUUCAGGAGACACUAAGAGUUGCUUCCAUUUUGUCUUUCACUUUCAGGGAAGCUGUGGAGGAUGUUGAAUAUGAAGGUUAUCUGAUACCAAAAGGGUGGAAAGUUUUACCACUUUUCAGAAACAUUCACCACAGCCCAGAAAUUUUUCCUGACCCUGACAAAUUUGAUCCCUCCAGGUUUGAGAUUGCUCCAAAACCCAAUACCUACAUGCCAUUUGGUAGCGGGACCCACGCAUGUCCAGGGAACGAAUUAGCCAAGCUGGAGAUUUUGGUCUUUUUACACCAUCUAACAACAAAGUACAGGUGGUCUAUGGUUGGUGCACAAAAUGGCAUACAGUAUGGCCCUUUUGCUCUUCCCCAUAAUGGCCUGCCCAUCAGAUUAUCUCCUAAAACUAUCAUAUAAAACCCCCAUAAAUCAUAGACUCCCAAAAACAUUCCAAGUCCCCAACUUUCAGACCCUCCCUCCCCCUUCAAGCUAGCUACUUGACGUGUAUUACCAUGCAUGAGGAAGAAACCCACCACUCCAAAGUCCAUUUCUUUUUGGCCGAAAGAGAUGAGCAACAUAAAAUAAACACGUAAGAUUUAAAGAAACAUAUCGUACAUCUUCAUUGCUUUCAUAUGUCCCAUUAAUAUCCCAGAUGACUGAAAGUCACUGAAUAUUAGGGACGUGCCCUCCGAAAGUCAGAAAGUUCAAGAUACAAGAAAUUAAACUUGUUGCAGCAGAGGAAGCCAAGUGUACAGAGAAGAGUCUUCCUACCAAAACAUGAUACGCAAACCAUAUCAUGUUUUCUUUUUCUUCCCUUUAUUUUUUUUUUAUUUUUUUCUUUUUGGCAUGCAAGAGAUCAUGAAGAGGAAAAUUCCUCACCCAAUGUGAUAAGUAUAUUUAAGUAGCAGGUAGGAGUAUACUAAUUUCACCAUAAUUUUCUUGUUUACUUAAAUAAAUGUAAACAGCCGCAAGGCAGAAAUGAAGAUUCAAAUGAAUGGAAUUAACAAAGUUAAUUUUGUUCUUAUAUUCA